UCACCGAGUCUGCCGAACAACCGCUGGACAACUUCAGGAGCCAGGAAAACAGCUAAGCACCUUCCAAUUCACCGUUAUUCACUUAUGAUUGCCCGUUAAGUUUAAUUUAAAAAAAAACCAUUAAGGUCUAUUCACACAUAUCAGUGCCGUAUCCGCUCAGUUCCGUGAAAUUCCAUCAGUAUCAGUCAUAAAUAAUAUCAUUACUCUGAAUUUAAAUGAACGCAUUCACACACAUCCGACACAGUUCCGUAUUUUAACCUUCAGUGUCAGAACAGUAUCAGUACCGUCAAAAGUGCAUAUUGUCGCCAACGAUAUUUUUAAUAAAUCACUGACGUGUCUGUGCGUUGUUUGCUCGUUUGUGCGUAUUGCAUGUGUAUAAAUAAUUACUUUAGUUUAGUAUUGGAUUGAAAAUAAAAACCAAAAAUGGAUGAUGAACAGCUGAUUGAAUUGGUUCGUAAAUAUUCUGUCCUUUACGAUUUGUCACAUCCAAAAUAUAUGGACAACAGUUUCAAACUCGACAUUUGGAAUAAAAUAGGAGGAGAAAUGAAAGUAAAUGGUUCAUCCUGUAAAGCUAGAUGGAAUAAUAUACGAGACAAUUAUCGCAAAUCGAUGAAGAAAACAAAAACUAAGAGCGGAGACCCUGCAAAAAAAAUAAAACGGUAUAAAUAUUUCGAACAACUAAGCUUCUUAAGCAAUUAUUUCUACGAGAGGGAAACAAAAGGCAAUAUUGAAAACGAUGUAGAAAACAUAGAUGAAGAAGAAAACUCGCAGAAUGUGGAUGCAGAAGAAACAUAUGUAUCAUCGGAACCUAAUGAAUCAGGGCCAAAUGUUUCAGAUGUAUUGGAACCUAAUGUAUUAGAUUCGAGUGAAAACAAGCAAUCUCAUUUAACUCAACGCUCAUUCAAAACAUCAUCAAGAAGGCUACCGCCACAACAAACUGCUUCAGCAAAACUAAUGGAGUAUUUGAUAAGUGACAAAAAGGACAAGCAAGUUACUACUGCUCCGCAACACCACGUGGACGCAUUUCUAGCUGGUGUAGCUCCAACAUUAAAAAGUUUUACGCCAUAUUACUUGCAUCUAGCAAAAUCUGAAAUAUUUCACACGGUGCAAAAAUACGAAAUGGAAAUGAUCAUGCAGCAGGACUCAUAUCCAAGACCUGGCCCCAAUUUUGUUAACACAAGGCUACAUUCCGAGCACUCAUCAUCGACCUCCACGUCAAGAGGAACUACUCCUUUACCGUCGCCUGUUGCACCAUUUCCACAACAUAGUUUGCAAAAUCCAAAUCAAAAUGAAUUUUCAUCUGUGGGAGAUUCAAACGCGACCAACAACCCUUUGCAAAGUUAUUUUCACAACUUUCCAAAUUAACUGAACAUGAUUUUUUACA